AUGUGGCGCAUACUUCGUGUUUGCAGUUCUGCGAAAACUAGACUGUUCAAGUCUUUAGAUUCACGACAUCUUGUCACAGCACACGAUAUAGAGACUUUCCAAACACAAGGGGUCGUAUAGCCUGUUCCAAGCGUUCAGAUAGUGGAGAGCGGUGCGAAGUAAAGAAAGCGAUAAAAAGUAGAGGGGGACUGGGGAGACUCCUCCUCCCUCGCUUUUAUUUUUUGGCGCUCCUUUUUACUUCGCACCGCUCCCCACUAUCUGAACGCCUGGAACAGGCUAGGGGUUGUAUGUCUCAGGGGUGCGUUCAGAGAAUGGGUCGAAAAGCUGAAGAAAGGUAUUGCCACAAACCAUGCAAACCCCAGCAACGACCGCGGUGAAUGGAUUAAAAGCGAAGAUUCGCAGACCUUCUACUUCAAUGAUUAUUUUAACUGGCGUCGGAUCCCAGAGUUUGAGGAAUUUGUGCGUUUAUCGCCAGCUGCAGCAAUCGCCGGCAAACUGAUGAAGUCUGAGGUUUGUUUUGUCGUAAAAAGGUUCGCCUGAGGCCUUGCUGCUCAAUCACAUUUACGAAAAGUUUGGUACUCCAAAAAAAAGGGCGGUUGGGUUAAUAAACUUUGCCCAAUUCCGAUAUAAUAUAACUGAUUUUAUGGUAUGCUGCCAAGCUACCUGGCCACUGUUUCUUCUACCUGGGAUACUGUUUGCACACGGGGCAUUCCAUAUUUUAUCCCCCACCCCCCUAUACUAAGGAAGGUAGGUUUUAAAAUAGGGGGCUGGGCUGCACACAGGCUUCCCAGAGGUAGGUUGUGUGUGUCUCCCUCCCUGUCACCUAGUCUCCUCCAAUCUUUCAGUAAGCAUGUAUUAAAACUUCAAUUCAGAUUAUGACAUACCAUUUUAAGGUUUUGCAUGUUCAUUGCAGUUUAUAAUGUAUUAAAUUUUCUUCAAUACACCAUUUUACAGCUGUGGACUUAGUACCCUAGCCUUCGAGUGAAUGUGAGGCUGACAGUGACCUUGUUUUGAUACAAACCUCCUUUCCUUUGUAAUGAAAAUUGUCCUUGAAAAAUACUAGUUAGCAUAAGAAUGACUUGAUUUACAUAAUAAAACAGGAAGGUUUGUAUCAAAACAAGGUCACCAUCCACCCUGCACUUCAAUCCAUAACUGUAAAAUGGCCCAUUCUUCCAGUUGCCAUACCACCACCUCUCAGAGUAGUCGCUGUGACAAUGCCAUCACUUGCAGAAAGAGUAGCUCAAUUUAAAUGAUUUAAUAGAGUGUUUUCACAUGAUGUCAUGGCAGCCAUAUUGGUGUCUCAAAACAAUAAAACGGCAGCCAUGUUGGUGUCCCAAACCAAUCCUGUGGGAGAUGAACUCUUUUCUUAUGCAAACGAUUUCUUUUGUUCCAAUAAAUUUGCAUAGAUGCUGGCCACGUGACUGAAAACACUCUAUACACAAUUAAAUACUGUAGAAUGGAAAUCCAGAGUUACCAAUGUUGCAGUUUUUAAUAGCAAAUAACAUGUUUGGUUCUCAGUGGAUAACUUGCAUCUCAUCCCUCAAACUACAAACAAAAAACAACUAGAAGCCCCUUUACAGUGUAUUUUUAGCAUUAAAUAAAGAAAAGCUGUUUGCAGUUAAACUAAAUGUAUUGGUUGAAGUUUGCUGGCAAAUGUCAUACACUGUACAUGUAUGGGUGCUAGCCUGUAUAGCAAGAGUUUCUGUUUGGUUUCGGAGGAAAGAGAGACAAAGGAAGGGGAUUUUCAGUUUUGGCUGCGCAAAUAAUGGAACAAGAGCUAAAAAAUGAAAGCGGGGCAUGGAAAGGGAAAGGAAGAAAGUUUCCUUCCUUCCUUUCUUCCCCACCCUGCUCGUUUACUUACUUGCCCCAUUUUUCACAUGGUCUUUGACCUUUGUUCCUCGUUCUUUUCUCAAAAAGUGCACAGAAACACUUGCCAUACAGGCUAUACAGGCUCAAACACAAAAAAUAUCCACCAGUUUUAAGCUAUCAAAUGUGGAGAGUUUGCAAUUAAGUUUGAGGGUGAAUCAGCAUUAAAUGCAGUCUAACUGAUUCUACAGGUAUAUUUACAUUUCCUGUUCUAAAUCUUUUUUUUAAUUUGAAGUUUGCAGUGUUUUUUCAUGAACAUGUGUUUAUUAAAGAUCCUGGUACAACACGUGGGACACCAUGGCACCAAGAUCAACCAUACUAUCCUGUGAAUGGAAGGAAGGUAUUAUUAGAAAGUAUAAUUCUGUUCUUCCCCCUCCCCACCCCCCCUGCCUGUCAACAACCCCACCAAGUCAAUGGAAACUCUUAGGGGUAGGGAGUCAUGUCUUGAAAAUAAUUUAAAAUAAUUAUCAAAGUCUGCUUGCCUGGGACAGUUGCAAUCCUGUCUUAAUAGCAUAAAAAUAAAAAUGAGAGGUUAGUUAAUAUGAUCUAAACUUUUAUUCAAUUCUUUCUCUGCUGUUUUUAUCAGUUUUGGACAAAACAGAGAAAAAGAAAGAACUAGCCAUAAUGCUACUUCAUGUAUCAUUCACACAUGAUGACUGAAGUUCUGAAUAAGUGCUGCAUGGACAAAUGAAAGAUUUAAUAAGUGGUGGAUAAGGUGCAUGGUAUAGGUUAGAGAGAUUCUUGCCUAGGUGCCACCCAUCAGAUCACACAAGACUAGUUGUUAUGCUAAGUGUGAAAUGUACUUGUUGCAAACAACCAGAAGAACCCUUAUCAUUGGGACAGUUGCAUAAGACUAAAUGUUAGUCAUAAGUACUUACACAUAAAGCAUUUUUAAAAAAUGAAGAGUUUGAUUGGGCAGAUGUCAGAUUUUGGUAACCGUUGUUAUGUCCGACGUUAAGAUUUAUGUAUUACUGGCUCCUGAAAGACACCUAUCUGGCCUACAGUACACUGCAUUAUUUGGACUUAGUAUGGAUCAUUGAGGUAAAAAAUCCAGAAAAUCCUGGAUCCUGAAAAUUUAAAUAAAAUGCCCAUUAUAUAUCAAAUAUAUCCACAGAACUGUUCAUUAUGGCUACCAGUGACUCCUGUAUCUUAA